GUGCAUGGACAACUUUUAAAAGCAUGUUUCUUUGAUUUUAUCAUGUGAAUAAUUGAAUUUUUGCCUGUGUAAGGAGCAUUCAGAGUUCAUCAUUGGUACGGUUCGUCGUUAUACUGGGUGACUUUUGCUAUUUGUAUUGUUUAUCUAAUUACGUUGACUCUGGUGUUCACCUGUAUACCUGUCGGUGUAUCAUUUAGCGACUUGGUGGACUCGUCCGACUUGAUUUCUGGGAAGGUUUAGUCAACUUCCGGUGUGCUGAGGGAUCGUCAAUACACAGUAAUAUUACCAAGUGAUGGAAUCUCGAGAUCAUGAGGUGGAGAGUCCCAGUAUAUUCGAUCUAAACUACGUAUUGAGCAGCUGUUCGAACUUCUCUCCAGAUCUAGAGGAGGAAGAAAGGUUAUCCAAACCAACCUUGAACUUGCUAGACGUGAAUUAUGAGGUCAAGGAAAGAGUUGGUCCUUGGUGGAAGGGAGCAUGUUUCCGGAGACAACGGAAAAAGACGGUGCUUCGUGACGUCACUAUGCAGUUAAAAAGUGGACGUCUAACGGCUAUACUCGGGAGUUCAGGAUCCGGUAAGACCUCCCUUCUGGACGUUAUAGCAUGUAGAACUGAGGGCAAAGUCACGGGGAAGGUCUACUACAAUAACUACGAAUGUUCAAAGGAAGUAAUCAAACAAUAUGGAGCCUACGUCAUGCAAGCAGACCGUUUUCUCCACAACUUGACAGUAAGAGAGACACUUCGAUACGCUGCCUUUCUACGACUGCCCGGCAGGACCAAACAGUUCGAAAUUGAGAAUAAGGUGAACAGUGUCAUCAAUGAGAUGGGGCUGAAGAAUGUAGCUGACAGUAAGAUCGGUGGUAACAUUGUCAGAGGAAUUUCUGGUGGAGAGCGUAGAAGAGUCACAAUUGCACUACAACUUUUGCAAGAUCCAAAGAUCUUGCUAUUAGACGAGCCUACCACUGGAUUGGACAGCUACACGGCACACUAUCUAGUCUCAAACCUCCGCGAUAUCGCCCGAAGAGGUAAACUGGUUCUCCUUACCAUUCACCAGCCUCGAUCAGACAUUUUCAAACUCUUUGACGAAGUCGGUAUACUCAGUAUGGGAGACGUGGUGUACUUUGGCGGAGCAGAACAGAUGUUGGACUAUUUCCAGAACAUCGGAUACCCUUGUCCUACCUAUGCCAAUCCUUUAGAUCAUUAUGUUGACUUGGCCAGUAUUGACAGACGAGAUCAUCAGAGAGAACACGAAACAGCAACAAGAGUGCGCCACCUAGUGGACACAUUCUAUAAAUCAGAAAUUCACAACGAGACUGUCAAUGACGUCAACGAGGCCACAAUGCGCCCAAGUAGCAGGGCUACGAUGCUGUAUUUUUACAAACCACGACCGCCAAAUGUGUUCAGAGUGAUGUUUACACUAUGGAAACGAAUGAUGUUGAACUUGGCGCGUGAGCGGACGAUCUACAUCCCUCGGGUGUUUAUGUUGUCACUGUUUGUGCCGUUUAUAUGCGCCUUCCUUGGACACAUGAAGACCAAUCAGGAAAGUAUUCAGGACCGGAUCGGGUUGAUGUAUCAGUCCGCGAGUGUGCCCCCGUAUGUCUCCAUUCUUAAUGCCGUGGCCAUUUUUCCGCCCUUGAGGGAUCUCUUCUACAGGGAAUGUCGGGACGGGCUGUACUCCACCGGCACCUUCAUUCUGACUUACGCAAUCCACGUUCUACCUUUCCACAUCAUCGCCAGCUUCAUCUUCAGUAUCAUUGUCUACUGGGUGACAGGACUCUACCCCACCUGGGACAGAUUCGCCAUCUAUUACGCUGUGGUAUGUGCACUCCACUUUAUAGGGGAGAUCAUCACGGUGGGCACAAUGGGGGUCCUCAUCAACCCUAACAUCGCCAACAGCACGUCAGCCCUCGUCCUCACUGCGUCUCUGUUGCUGGCCUCGGGACUUCUAAGAAGUAUUAAGAACAUGCUGGAGAUUUUCCAAUGGGCCAGUUGGCUCAGCGUGCACAAAUACAGCACUGAGAUUCUAAUGGCGAACGAGUUCCACGGGCUGAACUUCACCUGUCCGCCGCCGGGCGAAGGAGUGUGUCAGUUUAUUACGGGAGACGAUUACUUGAAGGAGUUUUAUCCAGACGCCGUGGACAACAUGCACACAAACUUCUGGGCCCUAGGAGGGUUCACAGUCUCUUUCGUGGUGUUCACAGUCAUAGCCUUCAAAAUCCGGGGGAUACCAAACCUCAACUAGGCCAUAAAUGGCCGUGACAGCACGGUUAUAUCUCCAAGAUACUCGUUUGAUUAACCUCAGUCUUAAUCAAAUUACAACGACUAUUGUCAUAUUUAUAUUGUUGUUGAAACUGACACUUACAGUGUUUUUGUGUUUAUUGUUAACAAUGUCUGUGAUAAAUAAAAUAUUCACAUUGUAAAAA